AUGAAGGUUUUUGCUAUAAUGGCUUUGUUGCUAAUAGCAGCAUACUCUCAAACAAAUGAAAUAGACGUUGUAUUGAAGAUGCUUGCUGAUUUAAAAAAUGGUACAAUCAAGCAAUUGUAAGAAUUGGAAAGUGAUUGGGCAACCACAUAAUAUGUAAUGUGUAUAAUAUGACUUUCGAUCAGCAAAAACAAGACAUUGUUAAUGAUUUAUAGCGUUCAGCAUCAACUUAAAGAGGUGAAUGCAAUAGAAGAGAUUAAGAAUGGGCAAAUAAAGAACGUGACAUUAGAAUAACACUUAGCUAUAUUAAUUGGCUAGAGAAAAGAAUUAAAGAGAAUAAUGAAAGACUUUAAAGAUUAGAUGUGAACAGAUGUGAAUCAAAUGCUAAUUUCAUUAAUGAUAUCAAGAAUUCAAAGAAAACACUUAAUUUAAUUGCUUUCCUUAGAAGAGCUGUGAAAAAUGCAAAAGAAGUACAUUAUUAUGCAAUAUAAGACUGAUUUACCUACACUAUUAUAAUCUGCUUAAUUCAUUCAACUCAAAUCCUUCUUGGCUGAAGAUGGAGAAGAACCAGAAGUGACAUCUGAAGAUAAUGAGCCACCUCAUGUUUAUGAUGAAGUAACUGAGACUCCUGAAGAAACAUCAGUUACUGAAGAUGUAGAAUAAGAAGUAGAAACUUCUGCUGCUCCAGAAGAAGGAGUAGAAGCAGCUGAUCAUGAAAUAGAGGAAGCAUAAUAAGUAGAUGAAACAGAAUAACCAGUACCUGAACAUCCUUUAGAAGCUGAAGAAAAGGCUACUAAUGAAUAAUUAGCAAAGGAAGCAGCAGCAUUUAAUAAAAUUAUUGAAAAGGGAUAAAAGGCCCCUGCUUAGGGUGGAUCUGGAAAAGAUUAUUCAUAAUUCACAGUUGCAUAAUAAGAGUUAUUAAACUUUUUGGAUAUCUUAGAAGAUUAAGUUAGAGGAUCAUUUGGAAAUAAACAAGAUAAUCAAGUCAAUUCAGCUAUGGGAUAUAGUGAUUUUAAAGGUUUGAUUACUAAAGAAAAUGAAACAUUUAGAGGACAUUUAGCUGCUGAAGAUGUUAAUUUGGUAUUCAAUUCAAAUUAUUAUAAAAUAGGAAAAAUUAUAGAACCAAUUGAUCACUAUUUUAUAAGCUACAGCUGCCUGCAAAGAUAGAUUAAAGAAGAUCUAAAAUUCUAUUGAUUUGGCUAAUGAAGUAUUUGUACCAUAAAUACUAUUAGGAUUUGGCUAAUGCUGAAGCACAUUUCAAAUCAGUUAGUGAAACUCUUCAAGAGGAAUAAAACACUUUUGAUGAUGUUUAUAGAAUUUACUCAAGCCAAGUAGGUUCUCAAAGUACCUCAUAUAAGAGAGAUGUUUAAUCCAAAAUUACAAAUUGAUUAUGU